AUGUUCAAGCACUUUUCAGAAGAUCUGAAUGAAUACACUGUGGUUGUCGUUGACUUUACUAAAGCAGUUGUGGACAAAUACAUCCCCAUGAAGUCAUUCACUGUCUUCCCCAGUCAGACGCUCUGGAUGAACCACAAGAUCCACAAUCUGCUGAAGGCCAGAUCAGUGCGUUCAGCGUCUGAAUGCAGCCAACCUGAACGAAUUAAAAAUGCAACGCCUAGAUUAAGCACCAGAAAUAAUCGUUAUCCUCAUAAUUCUUUCGUGACUUAUCAAUGUGAUUCAGGAUAUGUGGGUAUUUUACGAUACAUGUGUGUGGAUGGACAAUGGAUCAAAGACAAUCCAGACCUUACUUGCAGUUUAAAGCGUUGUGGAACUCCAGAAGAUAUUUUACAUGGAUCAUUUAAACUGAUACAAGGUGAAGAUUUGGUGUUUGGCGCACGCAUUGAAUACACGUGCGAUGAAGGAUAUCAGCUGGUGGGUACAAGAAAUUACAGUGAUUGUGAACUAUCUGGCUGGAGUGGUCGUGCCCCAUAUUGUGAAGUAAAGACCUGUCCACCGGUGAAUAACCCUGAAAAUGGAAGGAUUGCAGAACCAGGCUUUUUUGACAAUGAUCAUGAUUAUCCUUUUGGCUCCUUCCUGAGAUUUGAGUGCAAUUCUCCUGAUCUGGAAAUUCAUGGGGCUAGCCAAAUUUAUUGUUUAGAAAAUGGAACAUGGAGUAAUCCUGUACCCAAAUGCAAAGAAUUAAAAUGUAAGAGACCAGAUAUACCCAAUGCAAACGUGAAGACUAAGCAUGAGGAAUUUAGACAUCUCGAGCAGUUAUCGUACACCUGCAAUCGCAAUUAUAAGCCUUCUGGUCUUCGAUCAACCACGUGUACCCAGACCGGAUGGAAUCCACCACCAUUAUGUACACUUAGUCUGAAUCUCUGUGUUUUCCUGCGGCUGAAUCCAGGCGUGAACCCUAACACUCAAGCCCCAGAAAUUUGCUGA